CUGCUUUACCCGGGCGUCUCCCCGCAACCUCCUCAACUUCCCUUGUCCGUGACUCGGCGCCGGGCAGAAAUCCGACGCGAUAGGAGCCAGGGGAGCGUGAGCUGCAGAACCCUGGGUCACUGUUACCACCACCAAGAUCUUCACCAGAUGUGUUCCCUGGACUUUGGACUUCCCAGCCUCAGAAACUUUAAAAGAAGAUGGAUACACAGAGUUCAGCCAAAGUCAAUGCAAGGAAGAGGAGGAAAGAGGCACCUGGACCCAAUGGGGCAACAGAGGAAGAUGGAAUUCCUUCAAAAGUGCAAUGCUGUGCAGUUGGCUUACGGCAGCCAGCUCCUUUUUCUGAUGAAAUUGAAGUUGAUUUUAGUAAGCCAUAUGUCAGGGUAACUCUGGAAGAAGCCAGCAAGGGAACUCCUUGUGAACGGCCUGUGAGAGUUUAUGCAGAUGGAAUAUUUGACUUAUUUCACUCUGGUCAUGCCCGGGCUCUGAUGCAAGCAAAGAACCUUUUCCCUAAUACAUACCUCAUUGUGGGAGUCUGCAGUGAUGAGCUAACGCACAACUUCAAAGGCUUCACGGUGAUGAAUGAAAAUGAGCGCUAUGAUGCAGUGCAGCACUGCCGCUACGUGGAUGAAGUGGUGAGGAAUGCACCUUGGACCCUGACACCUGAGUUCCUGGCAGAACACCAGAUUGACUUUGUAGCCCAUGAUGAUAUCCCUUAUUCUUCUGCUGGGAGUGAUGAUGUUUAUAAGCACAUCAAGGAAGCAGGCAUGUUUGCUCCAACACAGAGGACAGAAGGUAUCUCCACAUCAGACAUCAUCACCCGAAUUGUCCGUGACUAUGAUGUGUAUGCGAGACGGAACCUACAAAGGGGCUACACAGCAAAGGAGCUCAAUGUCAGCUUUAUCAACGAGAAGAAAUACCACUUGCAGGAACGGGUUGACAAAGUAAAGAAGAAAGUGAAAGAUGUGGAGGAAAAGUCAAAAGAAUUUGUUCAGAAGGUGGAGGAAAAAAGCAUUGACCUCAUUCAGAAAUGGGAAGAGAAGUCCCGAGAAUUCAUUGGAAGUUUCCUGGAAAUGUUUGGUCCAGAAGGAGCACUGAAACAUAUGCUGAAAGAGGGGAAAGGCCGGAUGCUGCAAGCCAUCAGUCCAAGGCAGAGUCCCAGCAGCAGCCCUACUCGGGAACGCUCCCCCUCUCCCUCUUUUCGAUGGCCCUUCUCUGGCAAGACUUCCCCAUCUUCCUCCCCAGCAAAUCUCUCCAGGCACAAAGCUGCAGCCUAUGAUAUCAGUGAGGAUGAAGAAGACUAAUUUUUCAUCCCUCCUUUCCUCUCCCUUGCCUCUGUCUCAUCACUUUCAGAAGCUCUCUGUUGAAUUCCAAAUUGUGAUCCUAGCACUAAACCUGAGGACAUCUACAAAGGAAAGACGAUUGGGACAAGAGGACCUAGGAAUGGGAGGACUAAAACAGCCUAUCCUCCAAGAGACUUCAACCAUCCACACCAAGAAGAAGGCUGACUAUACCUUAGGGGGUCUGUUCUGCAUCUACCCUCCUCAAGGACUUGCUUUACUGUUUAUGUUUAUGUGAUCCUGACAGGGAAAUUGUCAUUUUUAUUAAUUUUAAAAAAAUUAGUCUUUCAAAUAGAGUAAGUCAAACUAAUUUUUUGCCCCUGAGGAGUGGGCAGAAGAAAUAAGUGAUGUAAUACCCAGAGGCCUUUUCUCCCUGAUACAUUAUAGUAUUUGCCUUCUGCUCUGAAGCAAAGUGGCUUGCCAAGUCCUUCAAGCAGUGAGCCAUGCUGAUGGGUGAUUUGUGGGGAAUAUCUUAAGUUUGGUUCCCUUAAAAAACGCUUAGAGCUGAGUUACAGUCACAAAACCCCUAAAUAUACUGCUGGCACAUGUGUCAGUGUAGCUGUGGGAAGAAGGAGAUCUGAGCCUAACUUUUCUUACUCCCUGAGGAGUUUCUUGUUGGACCCAAUGGGGUCCAUGAAGAUACUGAUGGGGAUAGAACCAGACCACAUGGCGUCUACUGCGGUUUUUCUGCUGUGUUCAUCUUCUCAGAAAAUUCUGUUGCCCAGUUAUUUGGGAGCUCUCAUCAGUCUUUUUUGCAAUCUGCCUUUAAAGAAAGGAACACUUCUAGGGUUAUUGUGAUUGAGAAGAGUGGGACAAUACUCAAUCCUAUAUAUAAAGUCAGUUUAGAUUCAUUUCCUGCUAGGAGUAAGUCCCUGGCCUGCUACUCCUGUUUCAGUGCUUUUACCUAGCUUUUUUACAUUUUUGUAAAUGUCUGCAGUUUGAACUUGAUCUGUUAAUACAUGUUGCUCAUAGCCAUCGUGAAUAUUUAGAGAGAUUUGUGCCAAACGUAGAGGCAAAAGCAUAAGGAAACACUUUCCUUUCUAAAGCAACAACCUUAUCUUGAUUUCUACCCCUCUUAAGAAUGUUCUUAACUGGAUCCACUGCUCUACAGAAUGUUUUUGUCUUCCUUUGAGAGCUGCAACUGCCAGUUACUUCCCUUGCCCUCCGUUCCUCCAGCAGGCCCAUAAGCAUGGUGGGUUCUCUCCCCCUUUCCCACAUGUGCCUGGUGGUUGUGCUCCCACAUCCCCUGUUAGGUUGCCCAGUGAGAUUUAGCACUUGAAUAUCAAGUCAAAGAAUGUUGAAGCUUAACAGUUGCUGUUGAACAUGGUCUAAUUUAAAACCCCUCCACAUUCUAUCUGCUACAUGACCUAGCAGAUCGACCAUCAGUAAUCCCAUAACUGGAUUCAGGGAAGAUUUCUUAUGUCCAGGACCCACCCCUGUCACUCAUAAAUACCCCUUGUGGGGGUGGAGUUUUCAUGUUUUCAGCUAAGAAAACGACAUUUUCUCUUUUCUUGCCCCUCUGCUAGGACAGUGAGCACCUCAUAGUCCCCUCCCUAAAAACUUUCUGAUCAAACCUCUUCUGCCUGAAGAUAAGGGGCUAGAAUCACUGCCUGCCUACCUAGAUUCUUAAAACUCUGUUCACCCAGAGAGACAGAGCAUGGCAGAGGAUAAGGACAGAGGGGAAACCUCUGGUUGUUCUCAUGGCCCAUGAAAAACUACAUUUCUGACUCUUCUUGUGAACUGUUAUUUUUAGUGUCAAAUCUGAUUCACAAAAGCUUUGGCUUAGAAUCCUUUCUCUGAAGCAGUUGAAAUUAAUGUUUUCCCACAUUACCCAACUUCAUAUGACUUCAUAUUUUAACUUUUCUGCUUUAGUCACCUCUCUUUGGGAAUUCUGCCUGUUUCUGUCUGACUUAUUCUCCUUGGCAGAGAAGGGCGAUAAAUUACUGCUGAAGUGCACCUACUUGUUUCCUCAAAGUGCGCAUUACCCGAGUGUAUUUGAAUGGAAGGGAGAUGCCCACAAUGUAGUUUUCCUCCCUGCAGUCACUCAUCUCAAGUUUAUUGUCUGGUUCUCAAAUGUUUGAGCCCUCCCUCCUCCUCUGCUCUCAGUGGGCUGCUUUUGUCAUGCCCUGUGUUUGGAAUAGGACCUCUGUCUGACAAGAAUAGGAUGUGUUCUUAGAAGACUCCCUCAGCCCUUUGGGUGAGCUUCUACUGUCUCAGUCUCCCAACACUAGUAUAUUUUCAAAUAAUUUUGACUGAAAGCAAAAACAUUUAUAACAUGACAUGUUUGAGAUAAAUGUGAUCCCAGGUGCUAGGCAAGGAUGGGUGGAUGGAGGAAACUGUCGGAAUGAUACAUUAUUUGAUCAUUUGUGCCUAAUUAAGUGAGGUUAGAGAUUUGUAUACCAUGACCAUAGCUGUGAUCUGUAAAUCUUCCAAUAUUGAUGUUUGAGGCUGUGCAGCUGUUUCCCAUACUCCCACACAAGAGGGCAGUCAGCGUGGAUGGGCCAAAUGUGGCAGAGAUGGGAGAGCCUUAAAAGUUGAUUGGCCUCAGAGCCUCUGACUGUAAGGAAAAAGGAGGCUGAAGACAGAAGCCCUGUGAGCAGUGCUGAGGAGGUACCAUUUCGGUAGUUACCUUGAUGUGGGCUGGGCAGGCAGUUUGCUCUUUUCAUGUGCUAGAGUCAGGAGCACUGAAGAAUAAAGGUUGAAACUUUAGAGGAAUAGAGAUGGAUCAUUUGUACUGCUGCAGCUGCUUCUGAUAGCUAGAGCCAAAGACUAUUAUCUUGUGUAGGUUUAAGUAAGAAGGUUGGGGAUGUGAGGAGGUUGAAAAUCCUGAGGAAGAGGAAAAAUGUGAGGGAUGCUGAGAAAACUUUCAACCCUUUCUGAUCACUGAUAACUACUUAGGCAUCACCUGAGUUACUUGUGGCCACACAGCUGAUUAGGCAGUCUCUAGAUAUUCCCUCCACAACAGUUCUUCACAGUGCUUUGUUAUUCUAUUUCUGGAUUAUCUUGACUUGUGGGUAGCUUAUUUUCUGAAGCUCAUUGCCUUUUUAAUCCUAUUCCAGAUCCCUUAUCUAAAACCUUUCCAAAUCAGUUAUAUUUUGCUGCUUUAAAAAAAAUCCCUAAAAGCCAUAGCUUCUAGGUUUUCUCAUCAGCAUACACUCUCACCAGAAGUUUAACCAAUACAGGUAGGAAAAAAGCUCCCUUAACAGUGUUUUUAACUAAUGGUGUUUUUUUUAAGCUUACCAAUUUAAGUAUUUCUAAAGGAUAUAUUUUUCAAAGUCAUAACAAUGAUCUUGUUUUCUCUCACAGAAUAGAUUGUCAUGAGAUAAAGAGUGGUUCCUAUCUUCUAUUUUUCCAAAUAAAUAAAUAGAACAUGUUCAUGGGAUUGUACUAUUACAUGUUAAUUUUCUUAAAAAGAAAGAAGAAAGAUUUUCUGUCUGUUGAAGUUUUAUGUUAGUAUUCGAAUUGGGGUAGAAAACAAAAGCACCAGGUUUAAUAUUAGGAUGACACAGGUUGUAUUUCUUUAGAUUUAAAGUGGGCCACCCUACCCUUCUUUAAGGGAGGCACUGACUGUUUUGAACAUAGAGACGAUUGGUUGGGUUGUUUUGUAUUGAGGAUCCUGAACAGAAAAAAGGGUCUUAGAAAGAACUGCUGGCCAUGGCUUGAAUAUUCGCCCCAUCACCAAUGCUGGUCCACAGAGAUGUUUUCCUCAGUGGGUGUUCAGUCUCUCAUUUUCCUGUCUGAAUGUUAUUAAUUUGCUCAGAGUUAUUUUGGCUUUUGUCAUUUAGCCAAAUAAAGGCAAUGUGGUUUUA